UGCGUGUUGGUGGCGCGCCGCCGCCUCAUGGGGCUAACGGGCGUCUUCUGGCCGCUGUAAGCGUGCCCUGCGAAGUCGACUCCUACCCUUAAAAUUAGCUGUGACCACCCGAGCGUUUUACGUCCCAGAGUAACGAGCAAAGCGCUCCAGGCAGCCCUGGAAACGCUUUUUCCGUACAACAACAUGGCCGCUCCUGUUGCCUCUUAGAAAGGAGAAUUUUUUUUUUUUUUCCUUUGCCUUGAAAAGAGUGUCUUUCAGGACCACUGUUUAGAUGGGUGCUGUCUCAUGAAGCAAGUCUGGGACGGCGGCGUGCACUUUUCUGACAAGGGAGGCGGCGAGGAAGAGAAUGUCUGUGGUGCUUGAGCUAUCACAAGGAUGGUUACUGGAUCAUCUUUCUUUCAUUAACAAGAUAAGCUAUGAACUUCACCAGCAUCAUGAGCCUUGUUGCAGUAAAAAUGAGCCUGCUUCUGUUCACCUUGAUUCUCUUCACGUGGAUUCUAUGUCCUCUUUUGGAGCCUGUGCUACAUUUAUUGCUUCUACCACUAAGCCAGAGAAUGAUGAUGGAGGAAAUUGUGAAAUGUUCAUACAAAAAUAUGUUUUUCGAUCUGAACUGUUUGAUGUCACCAAACCUCAUAUAAUUUCCGCUUUUCACAAAGAAUGCCAACAAAGUAAUGAAAAGGAAGAUCUAUUAAAUGAUAUUAAGAAAGAAAUCUCCAUUUCUGUUAAUGGGAAGAAGCGUAAGAGAUGUGUUGUUUUCAAUCAAGGUGAAUUGGAUGCUAUGGAAUACCAUACAAAGAUCAGGGGGCUGAUUUUGGAUGGGUCUUCACAGUUAAUCCAAGAAGGUCUCAAAAGUGGCUUUCUUCAUCCACUUUAUGAAAAACAGGACAAGUGUAGUGAGCCCAUUACUUUACCAUUUGAUACCUGCAAUUUGUCAGAAUUAUGUGAAAUGGCAAAGCAUUUGCCUUCUCUGAAUGAAAUGGAACUUCAGACGUUACAAUUGAUGGAAGAUGAUGUAUCUGUUACAGAGCAGGACUUAUUUUCACGGAUUGUUGAAAACAACUCUAGCUUUACAAAAAUGAUUACUUUAAUGGGACAGAAAUACCUGCUGCCACCAAAAAGCAGUUUUCUUUUGUCUGACAUUUCUUAUAUGCACCCACUUCUGAACUGUAAGAAAACAUAUGAUGUAAUUGUGAUAGAUCCACCAUGGCAAAACAAAUCAGUUAAAAGAAGUAACAGAUAUAGUUAUUUAUCACCACUGCAAAUAAAGCAGAUACCUAUCCCUAAGCUGGCUGCUCCAAGCUGUCUUGUUGUUACUUGGGUGACGAAUAGACAGAAGCACCUACGUUUUGUCAAGGAAGAGCUUUACCCUUCUUGGUCUGUGGAGAUAGUUGCUGAAUGGCACUGGGUAAAAAUCACCAAUUCAGGAGAGUUUGUGUUCCCAUUAGAUUCUCCACAUAAAAAGCCUUAUGAAGGUCUUAUACUGGGAAGAGUUCGAGAAAAAGGUGCUUUACCAUUAAGGAAUGCAGAUGUAAAAGAGCUCCCCAUUCCAGAUCACAAGUUAAUUGUCAGUGUGCCCUCUAUGCUUCACUCACAUAAACCACCACUUGCUGAGGUUCUAAAAGACUAUAUCAAGCCAGAGGGGGAAUGUUUGGAAUUGUUUGCUCGAAAUUUACAGCCAGGUUGGACUAGUUGGGGCAAUGAAGUUCUCAAAUUUCAACAUGUGGAUUAUUUUGUUGCUCUGGAGUCUAGAAGCUGACUAUGCUUUUAAAAUUGUGUUUUUCUUCAGUUUUUCCUCACUCCUUCUCCUUUCUUUCCAAUUGAUUUUCCUUUUAUUACCAAACUAUGCUUAGAGAUGUAAACGGAACUUGGUUUUUCAGCAAAAUGACUAGAAGUGACUAGCCGUCAUAUAAUUUUGAGAUGAAUUUUACUUCAGUUGCCCUAGUAUUCCACAUUAUUCUGGACUCUUUACAAAUAAAGAGGUAAAUAGUUAGAAAGAUGGCAAGACUUUGUCACUGAAAAAGUUCAGAAAGCAUGCACUAUGGACCUGAAGUCAAUUCUGUGUGUGGAUGUGUUUUGUUUGGCUGGUAUGAUGGUGUAAAAAAAUUUGAACUGUCAGUCUGAAAAAUCAGGAAAUUUCACAUAAGUCCAGAUUUCUGCCUUUCUUUAAACAUCAGAAACUCUGGCUACACUGCAGCCUGUGUUCUUUCCUGGCAUCAACUUCUGGGACCCAGUGGUGGCAGCUCACUUGAGAAGGGCCAUGCACUCUUCAGUUUACAGCAGUAACCCUUGCCCCAUGCUACUCACUUAUAUGUCUACUUGACCGCUGUACAACCUGAAUUUAGAACCUCUAGUAUACUGUUACAUUCUGGAAAACGUAUUCAGAGACCUGCCAAGUAUUAUAUCUUUGUACUGAGAUCAUGAAACAUUUUUUGGGAGGGUUUUAAAUUGGAUUCAGGGUCACUUUUCAAGUACUUUUUAGUUUUGCUUGUUUUUCCAGAAGAAAAAAAAAUUCCUAUAAUAAUGUCAGAAAGUAAACACCGCUUGGACUUAAUUGAUAUUCAUAAAACAUUCCAUCCAAAAGCAGCAGAAUACACAUUCUUCUCAAGUGCACAUGGAGCAUUCUCCAGGAUAGAUCACAGGCUGGGCCACAAAGCAAACCUUGGUAAAUUUAAGAAAAUUGAAAUCAUAUCAAGCAUCUUUUCCAACCACAGUGCUAUGAGAAUAGAAAUCAACUACAAGAAAAAAACUAGAAAAAACACAAACACGUGGAGGUUAAACAGUAUGUUACUGAACAACCAAUGGAUCACCAAAGAAAUCAAAGAGGAAAUCAAAAAAUACGUGGAGACAAAUUAAAAUAAAAACACAGUGGUGCAAAACCUUUGGGUUGCAGCAAAAGCAGUUCUAAGAGGGAAGUUUAUAGCAAUACAGUCUUAUCUCAGGAAAUAAAAUCUCAACUAAACAACCUAACCUUACACCUAAAGCAGCUAGAGAAAGAAGAACAAACAAAACCCAAAGUUAGUGGAAGGAAAGAAAUCAUAAAUAUCAGAGCAGAAAUAAAUGAAAUAGAGGUGAACAAAAAAAUAGAAAAGAUCAAUGAAAGUAAAAGCUUCUUCUUUUAAAAGAUAAACAAAAUUGAUAAACCUUUCGAAUCAUUGAGAAAAAAGGGAAAGGGCUCAAAUCAAUAAAAUUAGAAAUGAAAAAGAAGUUAUAACUGACACCACAGAAAUAGAAAGGAAUCGUAAGAGACUGCUACAAGCAACUAUAUGCCAAUAUGGACAACUUGGAAGAAAUGGACAAAUUCUUAGAAACGUACAAAUGUCUAAGGCUAAACCAGGAAGAAAUAGAAAAUAUGAACAGACCAAUCACAAAUACUGAAAUUGAAACUGUGAUUAAAUAACUUUCAACAAACAAAAAUCCAGGACCAGAAGGCUUCACAGGUGAAUUCUAUCAAACAUUUACAGAAGAGUUAGCACUUAUUCUUCUGAAACUAUUCCAGAAAAUUACAGGGGAAGCAAAACUCCCAAACUCAUUUCGUGAGGCCACCAUCACUGUGAUACCAAAACCAGACAAAGAUACCACAAAAAAAGGAGAAAAUUACAGGCCAAUAUCACUGAUGAACAUAGAUGCAAAAAUUCUCAACAAAAUACUAGAAAACCUAAUCCAACAAUACAUUAAAAGGAUUCUACACCAUGAUCAAGUGUGAUUUAUGCCAGGGAUGCAAGGAUUUUUCAAUAUCUGCAAAUCAAUCAGUGUGAUACACAUCAACAAAUUGAAGAAUAAAAACCAUAUGAUCAUCUCAAUAGAUGUAGAAAAAGCUUUUGACAAAAUUCAACACCCGUUUAUGAUAAAAACUCUCCAGAAAGUGGGCAUAGAGGGAAACUACCUCAACAUAACACAGGCCGUAUAUGACAAACCCACAGCUAACAUCAUACUCAAUGGUGAUAAGCUGACAGUAUUUCCUCUAAGAUCAGGAACAAGAUAAGGAUGUUCACUCUUGCCACUUUUAUUCAACAUAGUUUUGGAAGUCCUAGCUACAGCAAUCAGCGAAGAAAAAUAAAUAAAAGGAAUCCAAAAUGGAAAAGAAGUGAAACUGUCACUGUUUGCAGAAAAUCCGAAAGAUGCUACCAGAAAACUGCUAGAGCCCAUCAGUGAAUUUGGUAAGGUUGCAGGAUACAAAAUUAAUACACAGAAAUCUCUUGCAUCUCUAUACACUAACAAUGAAAGCUCAUAAAGAGAAAUUAAGAAAACAAUCCGACUUGCCAUUGCAUCAAAAUAAUAAAUUACCUAGAAGUAAACCUACCUAAGGAGGCAGAAGACCUGUACUCUGAAAACUAUAGAUGCUGAUGAAAGAAAUGGAAUAUGACACAAACAGAUGGAAAGAUAUACUGUGUUUUUGGAUUGGAAGAAUCAAUAUCGUCAAAAUGACUAUACUACCCAAGACAAUCUACAGAUUCAGUGCAAUCCCUAUCAAAUUACUAAUGGAAUUUUUCACAGAACUAGAACUAAAGUUUUAAAAUUUGUAUGAAAACACAAAAGACCCCAAAUAGGCAAAGCAAUUCUGAGAAAGAAAAACGGAGCUGGAGGAAUCAGGCUCCCUGACUUCAAACUAUACUACAAAGUUACAGUAAUAAAAACAGUACUGUACUGGCACAAAAACAGAAAUACAGAUCAGUGGAACAAGAUAGAAUGCCCAGAACUAAACCCAUGCACCUGUGGUCAAUUGAUCUAUAUAAAAGGAAGCAAGAAGAUACAAUGGAGAAAAGAUAGUCUCUUCAGUAAGUGGUGCUAGGAAAAAGCACCACCUUUUCCAUACGUGUAAAAGAAUAAAAUUAGAACAUUCUCUAACACUGUACACAAAAAUAAACUCAAAAUGGAUUAAAGGCCUAAAUGUAAGACCGGAUACUAUAAAACUCUUAGAGGAAAACAUAGGCAGAACACUCUUUGACCUAAAUUGCAGCAAUAUCUUUUUGGAUCCACCUCCUAGAAUAAUGAAAAUAAUAACAAAAAUAAAAAAAAAAAAAAACCACAAAUGGGACCUAAUUAAACUUAAAAGUUUUGGCACAGCAAAGGAAACCAUAAACAAAAGGAAAAAACCCACUGAAUGGGGGAAUAUAUUUGCAAACGAAGUGACUGACAAGGGAUUAAUCUCCAAGAUAUACAAACAGCUCAUGCAGCUCAAUAAAAAAAAAAAAACAGGGACUUCCCUGGUGGCACAGUGGUUAAGAGUCCACCUGGCAAUGCAGGGACAUGGUUUGAUCCCUGGUCUGGGAAGAUCUGACAUGCCGUGGAGCAACUAAGUCCACGUGCCAUAACUACUGAGCCCACAUGUUGCAACUACUGAAGUCCAUGCUCCUACAGCCCAUAUUCCGCAACAACAGAAGCCACUGCACUGAGAAGCUUAUGCACUGCAAUGAGGACUAGCCCCCGCUCACCACAACUAGAGAAAAUAGCCUGCAUGCAGUGACAGAGACUCAAUGCAGCCAAACCCCCCCCCAUAAACAACCCCCCUGCUGAAGAAAAAAAACCCCAAAAUAAUCUAAUCAAAAUGGGCAGAAGAUCUAAAUAGACAUUUCUCCAAAGAAGACAUAUAGAUGGCCAAAAUACACAUGAAAAGGUGCUCAACAUCGCUAAUUAUUAGAGCAAUGCAAAUCAAAACUAUAAUGAGGUAUCACCUCACAUUGGUCAGAAUAGCCAUCAUCAAAAAGUCUACAAACAAUAAAUGCUGGAGAGGGUGUGGAGAAGAGGGAACCCUUCUACACUGUUGGUGAGAAUGUAAAUUGGUACAACCCCUAUGGAGGAUAGUAGGGAGGUUCCUUAAGAAACUAAAAAUAUUGAUAGAACUACCAUAUGAUCCAGCAAUCCCACUCCUGGACAUAUAUAUGGAGAAAACCAUAAUUUGAAAAUGUACAUGCACCCCAAUGCUCAUUGCAGCACUAUUUACCCUAGCCAAGACAUGGAAGCAGCCUAAAUGUCCAUUGAUGGAGGAAUGGAUAAAGAAGAUGUGGUACAUGGAAUGUUACUCAGCCAUAAAAAAAAGAAUGAAAUAAUGCCAUCUGCAGCAACAAGGAUGGGCCUAGAGAUUAUCAUACUAAGUGAAGUUAAGUCAGACAGAGAAAGACAAAUAUCAUGUGAUAUCACUUAUAUGUGGAGUCUAAAAAGAUGAUACAAAUGAGCUUAUUUACAAAACAGAAACACUCAUAGUCUUUGAAAACAAAUUUAUGGUUACCAAAGGAGAAAGGUGCAGAGAGGGAUAAAUUAGGAGUUUGGGAUUAACAGAUACACACUAUAUAUAAAAUAGAUAAUCAACAAUGGAACUAUAGGACAGGGAACUAUACUCAGUGUUCUGUAAUAACCUAUACGGGAAAAGAAUCUGAAAAAGAAUGGAUAUAUGUACAUGUAUCACUUUACUGUACACCUGAAACUAACACAACAUUGUAAAUCAACUCUACCCCAAUAUAAAAUAAAAAUUAAAUUAGAAAAUAAAAAUAAAAAUGAAAAAAGACAGUAACCACUGCUUAUGAUUGUGAAAAUUUUUAAUAUUCCAGAUUUUCUACAAAUAAAUAUUUGUUUACUAAGUAAAAUAUUUUUACUGAAAUAUUUGAAAAGCAUGCUGAUUUAUUAUAUAUAACCUUUAAAAUUUUUUUUAGGUAUAUAUACUUACCACAUAAUAAAAUUCUCCAAUUAUCAGUGUUGAAUUCAGUGAGUUUUGAAAAUGUAUAUACAGUUGUCUACCACCAUAAUCAUAAUAUAGAACAUUUCCUUCAUCCCCCAAGUUUCACAUGUCUCUUUGCAGUCAAUCCCAUCCUCCCACCCUGGGUCCUUGGCAAAUAAUGGUUUGUUUUGUAUCAUUAGUUUUGCUGUUUUAGAAUUUCAUAUAAAUGGAAUCAUAGAAUAUGUAAUCUAUUGUUUGGCCUUUCACUUAGCAUUUUGAUAAAAGUGUUCAUAUUAUUUACAGAUUUUCUACAAAGUAAACUGUUGAAGUGAUUAUCUGUCAAGC